UACAUACACUCCCGCACACUCUCACACAUACACCCGCACAAUGGCAAGAGAUAGGCUGCCGGAGCUUUUGCAGCGUUCGCUGAGCGCCAACUCAACGUCAUCGUCCUCGAACGGUUCGUUGCUGCUCAGUGUUUACAACGCCACCACCGAGUCCUUGAACAACAUCAGCAACAACAGCAACAGCAACAACAACAACAAUAACAACAGUGGAGACAACAACAAGGAUCGCGACAAGAUGGCGCAACAUGGAACCAAUGUGGAUGCCAUUCUGAAUCCAUACUCGGAAAUUCGGUAUCAACUAGCUCAGAUCGCUGCGAAUUUGGAGGCAAUGAAUCGCAUGUCGCAGACAAUUCAUCUGCGCACCUUUUGCGAGAAUGAAAUGGAUGAGCUGCACAACAAGAAUCUGCGCUUGGGAAACCAGCUAAUGACUCGCUUCAAGGAGUUCAAGGCAAAUCUGCCGCCAGAAACGGAUUACAGUCUGGAGGCGAGAAUGAAACGUACGCUCUUCUAUGGACUCUAUCAGACCUACAUUAAUCUCUGGCAGAAGAACGAACUGUUCUUGCAAAACUAUGAGACAAAGGUUAAAAAGAACCUGCGAAUGCAUUCCAAGAUCAUCAAUUCAGAAGCCAGUGAACAGGAGAUUGAGCUGCUGAUAGAAAACAAAACCACAAAACUCUUUGUGGACAAUAUCCUGCAAGAAACGGAAAUGGAACGACAAACGUUGAGGGAUCUCAUGGAUCGCUUCAACGAGCUAAAGAAGCUAGAGAAGUCCAUUGAAGAUGUGCACGCUCUGUUUAUGCGCAUCCAAACGCUCGUCAUGGAACAGAGCGAGACGAUACAACGCGUCGAGUUCCAUGCGAAUCAGGCGACGCUCUAUACAGACAAGGGAGCUACUGAGCUGGAUCAGGCCAAAGAAUAUAAAAAGAAGGCGCGAAGGAGAAAAUUAAUGAUCAUUGCUAUACUCGUCGCUGUACUGUUAGUUCUAAUAUUCGUCGGUAUUUAUUUGUGAUAUAAAUAACCACAAGAAACUGUUUUAUUUUUUUUUUUUAAUAAUUUUAAGUUAAAUAAAAUG